UUGUUAUUUUCGAGUGGUGUUCUUCACGGAGCAGCUUAUGAGCUCGAGUAGCCAAAGAACGUCAAGAUGUCUUCCAUUGGGGAGUUUGUGAGGAAGCAUCUGGAUUUGCUGGAUGUAGAAAGACAGGCAGAGAUCGAGCAGACAAGUGAUCUACUUGGUAAGCUGUCUGUACGCGAGCUGGAGAGACGAGGUGUCUGCCUUCUUAAGCUUAGAUGUGCCAGCCAAGCUACAGGACUCUAUGGGAGGACAGUACUGACCUUCGAACCCUUGAGGUCACAGGGUCAAGAGGGCAAGCUUCCAGCUCAUAACUUUGGACCAGGUGAUAUAGCAGGAGUGAGCCACUCCAACAGUGAUACCACUUCCUCUUCUCUCCUUGCAUCGGGUAUCGUGUCAAAGGUCACAGGCUCUAGUAUUGCUGUAGCGUUUGAAGAGAAUGUCGAGGGGAUAGCACGGGGUCAUGAUGAUACCUACAAACUUACCAAGCUUGCUAAUGAUGUCACAUAUAGGAGACUGAAAAAAGCUCUUCAUGAGUUAGAGGAGUACCGCACUGGACCUGCUGUUCGUCUGAUUGAAGUCUUGUUUGGAGAGAGUGAUCUAGGCUCACCGGUCAGUCUUCCAGCCAACAAGAAUCCAGGAUCUGAGAGUGUAGAAUUCUUCAACACUAAUCUGAAUGAGAGCCAAAGAGAUGCUGUGACCUUUGCCCUAUGUCAGCGAGAGGUCGCUGUGAUUCAUGGCCCACCCGGUACAGGAAAGACAACGACGGUGGUUGAAGUUAUCCAACAAGCUGUGAAACAAAAUAUGAAGAUUCUAGCAUGUGCUGCAUCCAACGUUGCAGUAGACAACCUUCUAGAGCGUUUGUCUGCCAAUGCAUCAUGUUCUAUGGUUCGUCUUGGUCAUCCUGCCCGGUUGCUACCCAGUAUCCAGAGGUUUGCAUUGGAUGCUAUCCUAGCUUCCAGUGACGGAGCAUCUAUUGUCAGAGAUAUCAGAAGAGAUCUAGAUACUACAUUGAGCCAAAUCCGCAAGACGAAAGACAAAGAUGAGAAGCAUCGUCUCAAAGAUGAGAUGAAAUACCUUAGAAAGGAUUUAAAAUCCAGAGAGCAGAAAGCUAUACAAGAUAUCCUCAUGGCUGCUGAUGUAGUCUUGGCAACCAACACUAGUGCUUCCACAAACGGGCCCCUGAGGGCGCUACAGCAGGGACACUUUGACUUGGUGGUUAUUGAUGAAUGUGCUCAGUCUCUUGAAGCGGCGUGUUGGAUCCCUCUUCUCAAUGCACGAAAAUGUCUGCUAGCUGGUGAUCAUCAUCAGUUACCAGCUACUAUCAUGUCUAAGCAGGCAGCUAAAGAAGGCCUAGCAACCUCCAUGAUGGAACGCAUCAUCGAUCUCUAUGGCAACCGAGUAGUACAGAUGUUGACGACUCAGUACAGGAUGAAUGAUGAGAUAAUGAGAUGGUCCUCUGAUCAGCUUUAUGAUGGCAAACUACAAUCACAUCAAUCGGUGGCUACUCAUCUUCUCAAAGAUAUGCCAUGUAUUAUGGAGAAUGAGAAUACCACCCUGCCACUGCUUCUGAUAGACACAGCUGGGUGUGAUGUACUGGAGCUGGAACUUGAAGAUGAAGUCUCAAAAGGAAACGAAGGAGAAGCAGACAUUGUUAGCCACCAUGUCAGCAACCUCAUCUCCAGUGGUUUGUCCCCGGCAAAGAUUGCUGUCAUUGCUCCUUACAAUCUGCAAGUAGAUCUCCUGCGGCUGAGGUUGUCAUCUAAGUAUCCUGGUUUAGAGAUCAAGUCUGUGGAUGGGUUUCAAGGCAGAGAGAAAGAAGCCGUUGUGAUCUCAUUGGUUCGAUCUAAUGACAGAGGUGAAGUUGGAUUCCUCAAAGAAGAUCGUCGUAUCAAUGUCGCUAUCACCCGAGCACGCCGCCAUCUUGCAGUCGUCUGUGACUCACAGACCGUAGGAAAACAUCCCUUCUUAAAGAGUCUCGUAGACUACUUCAACGAUCAUGGAGAAGUCCGCACUGCUUUCGAGUACAAUGAAGUUCUGACUUCUUCGCUUGGGGCACCCAGACCAGAUCAUCUUGUCUUCAAAUCAAAGACUUCUUCCAGUCAUAAGGGUACCAAGGCAACAGGAGCAGUACCCAAGGGUCAAAGGAAAGGUCAAACUAAGAAGCCAGAGGUUACAGGUCAUGGGUCAACCAUUGACACUGUUCAAAGGAGCAAGGAGAACGCCACUUUUCUGAAUGAAACCACAAGGAGAUUGUUGGAAUUCAAGAAGGAACCAGAAGAAAGGAAAGUUGUGUUUCCUUCUUUGUUGAACUCUCAUCAGAGAUACAUUGUACAUGAGCUUGCGGAAAGCUUUGGACUGAACCACUUGAGUGUAGGUGAGGGGAAGGAGAGACAUAUUGUAGUCAGAAAGCCAAAGGAAAGGACCGAGCCACCCCCAGUUGAAAGGAAAUCAGAGGAGCGAAAUACCCCCGUCACCGGCAAGGAAGAUUCCAACCUCACUGUGGAGGACUUGGUGGAGGACUUUGAAACAGAGAAUAAAAUGGAGCUCUUAUAUGAGGAGGAGGAAAGAGAAGAAUCAACAGAAGAAAGCAAUGCUGGGGCGUGUAAUGUGGAGAAGUCUGAAGUUGAACAGACCAAAGAGAAAGAGAAAGAGGUUAAGAGCAGAGACUCAGAGACUGAUGAGAUGAAUCUAUGGAAAUGUAAAUUUUGUGGGAAGCGUUUACCCCCAGGAAACCAUCUCCUGCACGAAAUCCACUGCGAAAAGACGCAAGCCGAGAAAAAACGGCAGAGUUCAGCGGGGGUGAAUAAAAAGAAUCGCAACAAGGCUCAGAAGCAGAAGCAGAAACAGAAUCUUGAGGAAGCCGAGGAGGAGGAUUUUGAUACUCUUGUUGCUAUAGCAAUGAAGCGUGAUAACGAGUGUAACUUUACACGAUGCAAAGAGAAGAUUACCAUUACUGGUUUGAUGUGUGAGUUCUGUAUGAGACGAUACUGCUUUAAGCACCAUAUACCUGAGAUUCAUGGAUGUGAAGAGAUGGCACGGCACCAUGUGAGGCACCAGAUGCUGAAGUCAAAGGUCGUUACCAAUGGCAGUGGGGUCAGAGAAAAGAAGGUUGACCCCGCACACAAAGCCAAUCUGCAGAGGAAAUUAGGCUCUAAACUUGGUCAGCUCGGCGAGCAGAGGCAGCGUAAACAAAAGCCAAAGUAGACCUUAUGGUUUAACUCUCUCAUCCUGUAUGCUGUAGUCGACUUUAUUUGCUAAACUUUAGGUUACAUUGUGAUUCAUUUUGUUCUAGAUGACAAUAAUAACAUAAUCAGUUUCCUGGAACACAGAAUUUAUAAAGAACCAAAUUUGAAUACAUAAUUAUUCAGAAUUACAAUGGGUUUGUUUAUUUUUUGCUGCAUGACCCUGGCUUAGAAAUACCCCCAAACAAUAACCAUGGAGACUGCAAGCCAGUGGUUUCUGGGGG